AAUGACAAUCACACUUCCUGAUCUCCCUGGUACAAAUCAGAAGAGCUUCCUUAAUUUGGUCUGUAGCUCAGUGUACUCCUAACCUGCCACUAUGUCGUUUCUGGAUACUCUGCGCCAGUGGGACGAAGCUGUGACUUAUGUUGACAGACAAGAUCUGUCAGAAGCACUCAGGAUUUUCCUGUCUAUCCAAGAACCAAACUCCAAAAUCUGUUUUGACAUUGGCUGUCUCCAUCUUCUUAACCAAGAGCUAGAUGCUGCUGAAAAGGCAUUUGAUUGCAGCAUACGCAAGGAUGAGCAUUUGGCUGUUGGCUUCUUUCAAAGAGGAAUCACAUUUUACAAAAAGCAGAGGUAUGAGGAGAGUGUAGCUGAUUUCCAGCGUUCCUUCAAAACACUGAGAGGCAACCAGCUGAUAGAUUACAAGGCACUGGGUCUCAGAUACAAAUUAUAUGCAUGUGAGGUUCUCCACAAUAUGGCCCUGGCUGAGGCUCAGCUGGGUCACUGGGAAAAAGCCCAGGAAAACCUUGUGAAGGCUCUUGAUUACAAGACAGAUGCCAAGCUCAAUAUCAUUGACAAAGCUCUGCAAUCCACCCUGAAACAGAAACUUUUUAAACUAGUCGAGUUCCCAUCAAAAGUGCUCUUUAAACCAAAUAAGCACUAUGUUGCUGAGCUGGAGAAGAAGGACUACCUGGGCAAAGCGAAGGUUGUUGCCUCCGUCGUUCCUCAGGAUGAUUUCUCUGGAUUUGCCCCAUUACAGCCACAGGUUGAAGAUGGUCCAACUCGUCCAAAAGAACCUGAGGUUCUAAGGGCUUUAGAAGGAGAACCACACACCGUCCUGUUUGAGUUUGUUCCUGAGACCAGUGAUGAGUUGGCUGUAGUGCCGGGCAAUAUUGUGUUUGUGCUGCAGAAGGGUGCUGACAACUGGGCAUCUGUGAUCUUCAAUGAAAGAAGGGGACUUGUUCCUUACAAUUACCUGGAACGUUUGGAGAUCUCUUUGGCUUCUAAACAGAAUGAGCAGGGAAUAUCUAAGCCUCCAACUCGAGAACCACCGACCAGACCUGAAAGGAAACAAGGUCUUACUGCUAGUAGCAGCAGCAGUGGAGAGACACAAGUCAAGGAUGCACAGUCUACCGACAAUUCAUGUAUUGUCAAAGUCCGAUUCACAUUCAACUUUGCUGUCUCAGUACCACCUGGAUCUCCUUAUGCAAUACUGAUCGAUAAAAUCAGUAAGAAACUGAAUCUCCCUUCUAGGGCAAUCACCUUGAGUUUAAACUCUGAGGUAACUGGACAAAGUGUAAUCAAUGCCAACACAGAAAUGGAAAGUGUGUGGAGUUGUGCCACUGGCAGGCGCAUCACCCUGUGGUGUAACACCAAAGAGCAAACUGAUGGAAAGCCAGAGGAUGAGAUUCACUUUGUGGCACUUCAUUCUUAUGAGUCAUCAAAUCCAGAGGAUCUCAAUUUUCAGCAAGGAGAUACAAUCACAUUCAUCUCUAGAGUUAACCAGGAUUGGUUGGAGGGGCAAUGCAAUGGGAAUACUGGUAUAUUUCCUGCAUCCUUUGUGGAAGAAGUUCCUGUCAAUGACCAGUAACAGAAAAGAUACUAAAGCCAGUAAUACAAUGAAGUGACCAAAUCAGAGAAG